UCAAACUAAUGUGUCCCCCACCUAUAUGUCAAAGUAAUAACAUGAACAAGUAAGCGUUUUACUUUGAAGCUGUACCGGAAGUGAGGUCACAUUUCUCCCACUCUGCUUGACAGUGGCUCGCCGCCCAGCCGCUAGGAGGAAGACGGGAUCCCGGCCAGGUCCCCAGCGUGGAAGAGGAGGAAGCGGCUCUUCUCUACUCUCCUGGCCGCACUAAACACAACACUUGGACAGACGGGACGCAGCGAAAGUACGACGUCUUGGCGGAGGUUACAUGGGGGACGCGCCAUGACGUCCACGGCCAGCGAAAGGCGGGCGUUUGCUCACAAAAUCAACCGGACGGUGGCUGCAGAGGUCCGGAAGCAAGUGUCCAGAGAGUAUGGCUCCCCGCUCAUGUCCAAAAAGCGAGGAGCACUGCACCAUCCUUUACCCCUGACUGAGGUCGUGGAGCCAGUGGAUUUUGAGGAGUAUUUGAGCAGUCAUGCUCCCGGGGUGGAGUCAGGCCCUCUCAGGCAGCUGAUGGAGUUUCCCCAGGACGAUUUAGAGCUCCACCACUCAGACAAAGAGUGCACUACGCUGGAGCCGCCGCUGCCUGAGGAGGAAGACGCACUGGAUCCCCGAGUGAGAGACGCCUUGGCAGUCUACACUGAUGACUGGCUCGUCAUUCAAAGAAAAUACCAGCGCUACAGCACCACGCACAGCCCGCAGAGCUCCGAGCGACAGAGGGAGAGGCAGCGAGGCCUGCUCAAACAGACCUUUGAACUGGACCAGGCAGCUGCUGCCGAGCGCCAAGACGAGCAGGAUGACGCAAAGCGGCGGUCGGCCUCCGUUGACGAGACGCCGCGGGGCAGUUGGGCCUCCAGCAUCUUUGACCUGAAGAACUCCUCCCCAGACGUGCUCUUCCCCACCGUCCUGGAGCGCACGGGGCCGGAGGACAUGGACUGCCGCAACACAGAGGCACGCCUGCAGGGGCGCCACGGUGACCUGCUCGGCCUCUACCCUCCGCCCGAUGAGGACGAGGCCGUGGAGCGAUGCACAGUCCCUGAAGUUCCCAAAGAACACAGUGGCCAGAGAAUCAUGGUCAAGUGCCUUUCUCUCAAGUUCGAGAUAGAAAUCGAACCAAUAUUCGGAUCGCUGGCCCUUUAUGAUGUGAAGGAAAAGAAAAAGAUUUCCGAGAAUUUCUAUUUCGACCUGAACUCUGAUCAGAUGAAAGGCCUCCUUAAGCCGCACACGCCUCACGUGGCCAUCUCCACGCUGGCACGCUCGGCCAUUUUCUCUAUCACAUACCCCUCCGCCGACAUCUUCCUGGUCAUUAAGCUGGAGAAGGUUCUUCAGCAAGGAGACAUUGGAGAGUGCUGUGAACCCUACAUGGUCAUGAAGGAAUCAGACUCCUCUAAGCACAAGGAGAAGCUGGAGAAAUUGCGCCUGCAAGCGGAGCAGUCUUGUAGCCGCCUCGGCUCUUUCCGCAUGCCCUUCGCCUGGACGGCCAUUCACCUGCUCAACAUUGUCAGCAGCGUAGGGGGUCUGGACCGCUUGGACCCUGACUCUGACUCUGAGCGCAAAGGCCAUGGAACGUGGAACGAAAAAAAGAAAAAGGGAUUUGAGCGAAUGAGCGUCAGCGAUGAUGUGUGUAACUUUGCCACUUUCCGCCCAGCAACCCUGACCGUCACCAACUUCUUUAAGCAGGAGGGGGACAGGCUGAGCGAUGAAGACCUCUACAAGUUUCUGGCAGACAUGCGCAGACCGUCCUCUGUCCUGCGGCGACUGAGGCCCGUCACAGCCCAGUUGAAGAUUGACAUUUCUCCGGCGCCGGACUCGCCUCAUUACUGCCUGUCACCCGAGCUGCUGCACGUCAAGCCCUACCCGGACCUGCGGGUCCGCCCCACCAAGGAGGUGCUGGAAUUCCCCACUCGCUACGUGUACACGCCGCACACUAGCUACAGGAACCUGCUCUACGUUUAUCCUCAAAGCCUGAACUUCAGCAGCCGCCAGGGCUCAGUGAGGAACAUCGCCGUGAAAGUUGAGUUCAUGGCAGGGGAGGACCCCAGCCAAGCUUUGCCGGUCUUCUUUGGGAAGUCCAGUUGUGCCGAGUUCAUGAGAGAGGCGUUCACCCCCAUCGUCUACCACAACAAGUCUCCUGAGUUCUAUGAGGAGAUGAAGCUGAAAAUUCCUGCCAACCUCACAGACAACCACCACCUUCUCUUUACCUUCUACCACAUCAGCUGCCAAACCAAACAGAACACCCCUCUGGAGACCCCCGUGGGCUACACUUGGAUCCCUCUCAUGCAGCAUGGCCGACUGCGCACCGGUGCCUUCAGUUUGCCCGUCUCUGUGGAAAAGCUCCCGCCCAGCUACUCUGUGCUGACCCCCGAUGUCCAGCUCCCGGGCAUGAAGUGGGUGGAUAAUCACAAAGGUGUGUUCAACGUGGAGGUGACAGCGACGUCCUCAGUGCACACACAGGACCCCCACCUGGACAAGUUCUUCACUUUAGUGUACGUGCUAGAGGAGUACUCCUUCCCCUUCCGCCUCAAGGACGUCAUCAUCACCGAGGCCAACAUGGAAGGCGAGCUGAAGGCCAGCAUGGCCACGCUGAGGGGUGCCCUGCUGGACACCUGUGUCAGGUUUCUCCACCAGCUGCUCAACAAACUGAUCCAGCUCAUCGUGUACCCGCCGGUCAUUGCGGGCCAAAUUGUAAACCUUGGCCGGGCUGCCUUUGAAGCCAUGGCUCUGCUGGUCAACCAGAUCCACAAAAAUCUGGAAGGGAACCAGGACCAGCACGGGCGCAACAACCUGCUGGCAUCCUUCAUCCAUUACUGCUUCCGCCUGCCAACUGCUGAGCCAGCCAUGCCGCCGCCAACUGGCGCUCAGUCCUAUGAGAUACCCUUGCAGUACGCCACCUUCUCCAGAGCCACGGGCAGGCCCAGCAGCCUGAACCUGGCUCGAUCUAAGAGUAUCAGCAACUCUGACCCCGACUUGGCCAGCACGCCACUUUCUCCUGACGAAGAAGUGCAGAGGAUCAUAGGCAGCAAGGGCAUUGAUCGCUCCCACUCCUGGGUCAAUUCUGCUUACGCCCCCGGGGGCUCCAGAUCUGUGCUACGUCGGAACCCCAACUCCAGCUGCGAGCUCAAGCAGGCAAUCGACCGCAGCAACAAUCGCAUGUCCGCCUUUCUGGACAGCGUGGCCUCAUUUUCAGUUCCGUCAAGGCAGAUUACCAAGAAGCUGCUCCAUGAAGAGCUGGCUCUGCAGUGGGUUGUCAGCAGCAGCAAUGUGAGGGAAGCAGCGCUGCAGCAGGCCUGGUUCUUCUUCCAGCUCAUGACAAAAAGCAUGGCCCAUCAUUUAUUCCUCACCUCAAAGCUGGACCUUCCACGCCGUCAGCGCUUCCCUGGCCGCUUUGUGGACGACAUCACCGCUCUGGUUUGUGCCAUCAGUGCAGAUAUUGCCAGCCGGUACCACAAGGAUGUGGAGCUUGUGGAGAGACUAAAUAACAGUCUGGCCUUCUUCCUCAAUGACUUGCUGUCUCUCAUGGACCGAGGCUUUGUGUUCAACCUCAUCCGCUCCUACUACAAACAGAUCAGUAACAAGUUCCACAUGACGCCGAACCCCACCUCUCUGAAUGCUCUGCGGAUGGACUUUAUGCGGAUCGUGUGCAGCCACGAGCACUACGUUGUCCUCAACCUGCCCUGCUCCACCCUCAGCCCCCCGGCUUCACCUUCCCCUUCCACAUCCUCCACCACCUCACAGAGUUCAGCAUUCUCCAGUAUGGCGCAAGACCAGGGUGUGGCGACCAUGUUUGAGCUCUCCGUUCCGUUCCGGCAGCAGCACUUCCUGUCCGGCGUCCUCCUCAGCGAGCUCGCGCUCAUACUUGAUCCGGAAGGAGAAGGGGUGUUUUUCCUUCAUAAAAAAGCUAUUAGUGCCGUUCACUCCCUGCUGUGCAGCCAUGAUUCUGAUCCUCGCUACAGCGACCCUCAGGUCAGAGCCCACAUCGCUCAGCUCUACCUGCCUCUCAUCCCCAUUGUCAUGGAAACCCUGCAUCAACUCCAUGACUUUUCAGACUCCACUCUGUCUCGAGUGCGCCAUGUCCCAGCCCACGCCGACGAUGCAGACUUAGACGGUAACAACACUAUCAGUCAGUCUGUUGCCAUGGCGAUUGCCGGCUCCCCCAUGCAUCACACCAAGGCCAGCCCGUUUGCACUUCCCACAGUGGCCGGGCGCCAGGGCAGCUGCUUGUCCGCCGAGUGCAGCCGAACUCUGCUGGUGUGUUUUCUGUGGGUGCUGAAGAAUGCCGAGCCCGCUCUCCUGGAGCGCUGGGUGUCCUAUCUGUCGGUGCAGCAAAUCAACCGCCUGCUGGAGCUACUGCAUCUCUGUGUCUCCUGCUUUGAGUACAAGGGGAAGAAGUCUCUGGAGAGGAUCAACAGCUUGACAUUUAAGAAAUCGCAGGACAUGAAAGCGCGUCUGGAGGAGGCCAUCCUCGGUACCAUCGGCGCUCGUCAGGAGAUGGUGCGGCGUUGCCGAGAAAGGAGUCCCUAUGGCAGCCAGGAGAACGUCAGGUGGAGAAAGAAUGUCACUCACUGGAAACAAAACACAGACAGGGUGGACAAGACUAAGGCUGAAGUGGAGCAGGAGACUGUGGUGGAUGGAAACUUGUCUACAGAGGCGUCCCUAGUUGUGUUGGACACACUGGAGAUUAUAGUCAAGACUGUGGUGGCAUCAGAGCUGAAGGAAAGUGUGUUAGGAGGCGUGCUGAGAGUUCUUCUCCACAGCAUGGCAGGCAACCAGAGUGCCCUCUUCCUGCAGCACUGCUUCACUACACAAAGAGCUCUUGUCUUCAAGUUUCCAGAGAUGCUGUUUGAGGAGGACACGGAGCUUUGUGCAGACUUGUGCCUGCGUCUGCUGCGACACUGCAGCAGCAGCAUCGCCUCCGUCAGAAGUCACGCCUCCGCCUCCCUUUACCUGCUCAUGAGACAAAACUUUGAGAUCGGAAAUAAUUUUGCUCGAGUGAAGAUGCAGGUCACAAUGUCGCUAUCGUCACUGGUGGGAACCUCGCAGAACUUCAAUGAGGAGCAUCUCCGGCGCUCUCUCAAGACCAUCCUGACUUACGCCGAGGAGGACGUGGAGCUUCGUGACACCCCCUUCCCAGAUCAGGUCCAGGAUCUGGUGUUCAACUUGCACAUGAUUCUUACCGACACUGUGAAGAUGAAAGAGCAUCAGCAGGAUCCCGAGAUGCUAAUUGAUCUUAUGUACAGGAUUGCAAAGGGCUACCAGAACUCCCCAGACCUGCGCCUCACGUGGCUCCAGAACAUGGCGGGGAAGCACUCGGAGAGAGGGAACCACGCUGAGGCCGCCCACUGUCUGGUCCACAGCGCCGCCCUAGUGGCAGAGUACCUCAACAUGCUGGAGGAUUGUCGCUACCUGCCAAUUGGUUGUGUCACCUUUCAGAAUAUUUCCUCCAAUGUGCUGGAGGAGUCGGCCGUAUCGGAUGAUGUCCUUUCUCCAGAGGAGGAGGGCAUUUGUGCUGGGAAGUACUUCAGCGAGUCGGGCCUGGUGGGCCUCCUGGAGCAAGCAGCUGCCUCCUUCAACAUGGCUGCCAUGUACGAGGCUAUAAACGAGGUGUACAAGAUUCUUCUCCCCAUUCACGAAGCUAACAGAGACUUCAAAAAGCUGGCAGGUGUCCACGGGAAGCUGCAGGACGCCUUCAACAAAGUCUACAACCAAAGCUCAGGAUGGGAGAGAAUGUUUGGAACUUACUUCCGGGUGGGUUUCUACGGCUCUCACUUUGGAGACCUGGACGAGCAGGAAUUUGUCUACAAGGAGCCGUCAAUCACCAAGUUGGCUGAGAUCUCCCACAGGCUGGAGGAGUUCUACUCAGAGAGGUUUGGUGAUGAGGUGGUGGAAAUAAUCAAGGACUCCAGCCCAGUAGACAAAACCAAACUGGACGCCAACAAGGCCUACCUCCAGAUCACCUACGUGGAGCCUUUCUUCGACACGUAUGAGUUGAAAGAAAGGAUCACCUACUUUGACAAGAACUACAACCUGCGCACCUUCAUGUACUGCACACCCUUCACGCUGGACGGCCGCGCUCACGGCGACCUGCACGAGCAGUACAAGCGCAAAACCAUCCUCACCGCCUCACACGCCUUCCCGUACAUCAAGACACGCAUCAACGUGGUUCACAAGGAAGAGAUCAUUCUCGUGCCCAUCGAGGUGGCCAUUGAGGACAUGCAGAAGAAGACGCAAGAGCUGGCAUUCGCCACCAACCAGGACCCGGCCGACUCCAAGAUGCUGCAAAUGGUGUUGCAGGGCUGCGUGGGCACCACCGUCAACCAGGGCCCCCUGGAGGUGGCGCAGGUCUUUCUGGCCGACAUUCCCAACGACCCCAAGCUGUUCCGCCAUCACAACAAAUUGCGUCUGUGCUUUAAAGACUUUGCUAAAAGGUGUGAGGACGCCCUGAGGAAGAACAAGUCUCUGAUUGGGCCCGACCAGAAGGAGUACCACCGGGAGCUGGAGAGGAACUACACUAAACUUAAAGAAGCGCUCGGUCCUCUCCUCAACCGCAAGAUCCCCCAGCUGUACAAAACUCUGCCGACUGCGGCUCCACAAACACAGCGGAACUCCUACAGUCGCUCCAGCCUUCGCAAAGUGGAGUCUUAAAGCUUACCUGACAGCAAGAGGCUCCGCCCCCUCCUCUGACACACACAAUAUUUUACACACUGUCAUAGCACAAUCACCCUCACACCCCAUCAUCAUCAUCAUCAUCAUCAUCACACACACACACACACACACACACACACACACACAUGUCACUCCUAGCCCCUCCCCCUCUCACCUCCACAAUGUUUAUACUGAAGUUAUCUGCACUGCAAACAUCAUCUUUAGGGAGGCCCUGACAGCACUCUGCAUACUCUACAUGGACUAGAAGACAACUCUGCAUACACAGUACAGGGACUAGAAGACAACUCUGCAUACACAGUACAGGGACUAGAAGACAACUCUGCAUACACAGUACAGGGACUAGAAGACAACUCUGCAUACACAGUACAGGGACUA